AUGCGUCGCCAGCUCUCACCUGUUUGCAACAGCAGCAACAAAAAACAACAACAAGUCCUCAGUAGAAGUCCGCGUGGUGCAAUUCAUCAAAAGGCGCCCCCAACCGCAGACCUGUCGCCGCACACACCGCAACGCCUUACUCCAAACGCCCACUCUCCAGUCUCCAGUCUCGGCGUGGGGAACAAGGCGCUUCCUGUCCAUCCCAACACUGAACCACCGCUCAAAUCGCCUUUGACAAACUCUGGGGCAAGCGCUGGACGAUGCACCCCGUCACAAGUCACCGCCCGCCCCAAUAAGAAAUGUCGUCGCUGUCUUGCCUGCACUUGUUGUCUCUUCACGCGCUCCCUUUCUUUCCCCGUCCGUGUCCGGCCACCGCUGAAUCUCUGGCUUCUGCGCUGUUCGUUCCUGUUCGUCCCGUGGUCUGCCAGCACAUCCAUGCAUCCAUGGAAUGUCACCAGUCACCUGCUCAGCGUGGCCCACCUGCACCUGGGCAUCCGUCGGCGGUCGCCCGCGGAUAAAUUACCGCCGCCUUCAGGAAGAAUACGCAUGACUCAGCCGUACCCCUCGCCAUGUGACCUCCAGGGCGCACACGCUGAGGUCUGGGCCUUUUCCACCGCUGCUUCUGCGGAAUCCCGCGCCGUCUCCUCGUUAACGUUUCCUUUUUCCCCCUUCACUCGAGUCUUCACCACCAACCCCAACCCUCAACUGGCCUCAACCCCUGCCUCUCUCUCUUCCUCUCCUCUAGCCCGAUGGGGGACCCAGCAUCGCUCGCCUCUGUCCCCAACUGUCCCUUCGCCACGGGCGGCCAGAGAGAGCCUCAUUCCAUAUGAAACGUCGUCUCGCCCUCGUCUGUGCGAAACGCUCCGCACCCGUGUCGGCCGUCACAUGGCACUCGAUUUCUUCCGUCCGCUGUACCCGUGUACUGGUGACAUCCCCCCUUUAGGAAGGACCCUUUUUCGCCACCCUCUUCUUACAUCCAAAACACAUGAUCCGGCAGUGGCCAUGGACUUCUCUCCACGUCGUCGCCUCCUGUGUAGGGGCCGAGUAUCAAACCCUCCUCACGAGGCCAUCGUCCUGCACGCCGAUCACGCUUUCGGACGGACCGAGUUCACAAAUGGCGAGCGACAAGGCGGACCUUCCAAGGUGAUUCCAGCUCUUGAGCUGCAUCCGGAGUCUCCGUCGAAUCGCUGA